CUCUGUCAGUCGUCGUCCAGUCCAGUACAGUGAGUGAUAGAAUUCGUACGCAUCUGCUCUAGAAGUGUCGUAACCGAGUUUGGACGUACCAAAGCGCGUUACGACCCGGCCGGGAUUCGAUCGGUGGGCUGUGGAUUAGCAAACUUCUCGGCGCAGCAGCUAGACCGAGUUCGACCCCAUUGAAGGCAGCAGCAGCUCAGAGGUCAAAGACAUCAGCGGUUGGAAGGCCUUGAGGAGGGAACGGAAAAAAAACGUACACACACGGUCACGACAAGUAGAUAGAGAGAGACUUGAUUUUACGUUAGAAGAGUCACACAUAGACAGAUAGAAGACAGCCAGCAGCACUCAGCAGUGUUCUGGACGGACCGACCGUCUACGGCGUAGAUUGUUUGAUCGAAGCAUAUUCUGUGUAGUGAGAGAAGAAGUUUGGUAAAGAUGAGCGACGAAGACGGUGAGGGACGAUCUACCACCGCCAAAGCAACAUCAUCAACAACAACAAUCAUAACAUCAGCCUCAUCAUCGACGUCGGUAUCGGUAUCGGCGUCAUCGACGACGGUGGAAAGUUCCGAAAGUCAACAUGACCAGCCAGAGGAGCCAACGACCUGCCAUUCGGCACGUGUAUUCUCCAAGGUCCCCAUCUUCAUCGUGGAAGAUCACCACGAUGUGCUAACGUUUCUCUAUCGGUGUAUCGGUUCCCGGCAUCUACCCUUGCGAGGGAACACUAUCAUCCACUUUGAUUCACAUCCGGAUAUGUGCAUCCCAAAGCAUAUGCCCGCGGGAUAUGUAUUUAACAAGGAGGAUCUGCUGGACAGUAUCAGUAUUGAAAAUUGGAUGAUGCCAACGGUGUUUGCCGGACACGUCGAACGGAUCGUGUGGAUUAAACCGGAAUGGGCCAAUCAGAUGCCCAAGGGCAAAUUCCAAUUCCACGUGGGCGAACACGAGGGCAGCAUCCGGACCGAUUCGACGCUGGAAUACUUCGUCUCCGAGGGCUGCUACCAACCGGAAGAGCAGUUGGAGAACAAAAAGUCCCUAACCCUGCAAGUCUGCGCCAUCGAAGAGUACAAAUUGUCCGACGACGACGGCCUCAAGGAUGGCUACAUCCUGGACAUCGACCUGGACUACUUCAGCACACACAAUCCGUUUUUGAAAAUCUACGAAAAGGUUGGCCUCUACGACAAGCUGAAGGAUAUAUUCAUUUCCCCGGAGCUGGCCGACACCACAGAGAACGAUCUGGCGAAGCUUCAACGGAUCGCCAAAGAUCGGGAAGAGAAACUGGAAUUCCUCGAAUCGAUGUUCCUGUACCUGGAGGAGGUGGGAAAUUUGAAGCACUUCCUCGUGGACUACCAGCAGGAAAUCAGUGAAGAGUAUUCGCUGCUGCUGGAGAAGGUGUCCAACUUGGUGGCGACUUUAAAGAAAGAGUACGCCGAAGAGGAAAUCGAUUGGUCGAUGAUCUACGAUGCGGGAUGCACGUGCGACGUGACGGAUCUGCCACACCACGAAUCCACCCGAGAGGAAAUCCAUGCCCUGGUACAACAGCUCGAGAGCUUCCUAGCGCGACUUCCAGCUCCGCCGACCGUGAUCACAAUGUCCCGAUCGAGCGAAGACGAUUACACCCCGGCCCAUCAGGUGGAACAGAUUCAGGAGCUGGUGAUGGGGGCACUUAAAAAGUGCCUCCGAACCGAACUGGACCAACCCAUUCUGUAUUAUAAGGACCAGGAGUUUAAGCUUUAGGACACUACGAAAGAGCCCUUGGGGCGCAGCGGAGCGAUACCAAGUUUCCUUCCUUUCUACAUUUUCCUUUUUAGAAAGCCGUACCCUACUUUUGUAGGACAACUUGAAGCAACCAGUGUACCAUUUUACUAUUAAAUAAAUAAAACACUGUAACCCCCUGAAAUGCUAGGUAGAACAGUGACUAACGUUUAACUAUUUAAACCAGUUAAGAAUAAUGAUUACCACAAAUAAAAAACACCAAAACAAUGACGUAAAGUGAA